AUGCGAGCCCUCGCCCAGGCCCUCGCGAGCCACUUCGAGGGUGUUAUAGCCCUCGCCGGAUUUGGCGAGGGCUCGCGAGUCCUCACUAUGGCUGAUGACACACAGGAAGGCACACUGGAGAUGGAAAAGGAAUACAUUGCUGAAAAACUCAACGAAUGGAAGUCAAUUGCAGUUGACUGGGGCAAUCUGCCACAAAUGCCAAUUACAGAAGAUCAAACUGCAGGCCCGAACCUAGUCUUGGGUACAACCUUGAACAUCGUUGUAGGUUCGCAUGUUUGGGUUGAAGAUCCGGCUCUCGCUUGGAUCGAUGGUGAGGUCUUGGAUAUUAGGGGAGAAGAUGCUGAAAUUCAAACAUCAGCAGGCAAAAUGGUCGUCGCCAACUUGUCGAAGCUGCAUGCGAAAGACAUGGACGUCCCUGAAGAUGGAGUCGACGACAUGACCAAACUAUCUUACUUCCACGAACCAGGAGUGUUGCAUAACUUAGCCACUCGAUUCGCCUUGAACAAAGUCUACGUAAAGUCUCUAAUUUCAAAAACUUAUACUUACACCGGAAACAUCCUCAUCGCCAUCAACCCUUUUCAAAGCCUCGAGGGUUUAUACGAUGCCGGUGUCAUGAAAAUGUACAAGGGCAUGCUGUUAGGAGACAUGAGCCCGCACGUGUUUGCCAUCGCCGACGCUUCGUAUAGGGCGAUGAUCGAUGAGAGAAAGAACAUAUCGAUACUUGUGAGCGGCGAAAGCGGGGCCGGCAAGACCGAAACUACCAAGAUGAUCAUGCGUUAUCUUGCGUUUUUGGAAGGACAUACUUUCGUUGAAGGACACCGAACAGUCGAACAGCAAAUACUAGAAUCUAACCCAGUGCUUGAAGCUUUUGGCAAUGCGAAGACCGUCAGAAACAAUAAUUCCAGUCGAUUCGGGAAAUUCGUCGAAAUCCAAUUCGACAAUCGUGGAAGAAUAUCCGGGGCAGCAAUACGAACAUAUCUCCUAGAGAGAUCUCGCGUUUGUCAAAUUUCAGACCCAGAACGUAAUUACCAUAGUUUUUAUCAUCUUUGCGCAGCUCCGCAACAGGAAAUUGAGAAAUACAAGUUGGGAAAUCCGGAGUCGUUUCACUAUCUCAACCAAUCCAAUUGCUAUCAAUUGGAUGGUGUAAAUGAUGCAGAGGAGUACCUUGCCAUCAGGAGAGCUAUGAAUGUAGUGGGAAUAAGUGAGGAUGAACAGGAUUCGAUAUUCCGCGUUGUGGCCGCGAUUCUCCACCUUGGAAAUAUCACCUUUUCAAAGGGCGAAGAGACGGACUCGUCGGUCGUGACGGAUGAAAAUUCCAAAUUUCAUCUCGAAAUGACUGCCCAACUCCUAAAGUGCGAUAUUCGUGAAUUAGAAGGUGCUUUGUGCAAGCGUUUAAUGGUCACUCCUGAAGAGAUAAUCCAGAGAAGCCUCGAUCCCCUGGGUGCAACAUUAAGCAGAGACAGCUUAGCCAAAACAAUAUACUCACGCCUAUUUGAUUGGUUGGUGGACAAGAUAAAUAUCGCCAUCGGACAAGACCCCGAUUCGAAAUACCUCAUAGGAGUUCUCGACAUUUAUGGGUUUGAAAGCUUCCAAUCUAAUAGCUUUGAGCAAUUUUGCAUAAAUUAUACAAAUGAAAAGUUACAACAACAUUUCAAUCAGCAUGUUUUCAAAAUGGAGCAAGAAGAGUACAAGAAGGAAGACAUAGAUUGGAGCUAUGUGGAUUUUGUUGAUAAUCAAGACAUCUUGGAUCUAAUUGAAAAGAAACCGGGCGGAAUCAUCACUUUGCUCGACGAAGCUUGUAUGUUUCCCAGAUCAACUAGUGAAACGUUCUCUGAAAAGCUUUACCAGUCAUUCAAGUUCCACAAGCAUUUCAUCAAGCCAAAGUUAACACGUACGGACUUCACGAUUAUUCAUUAUGCUGGAGAGGUUCAAUACCAAUCUGAUCAGUUUUUAGAUAAGAAUAAAGACUAUGUUGUUCCAGAACAUCAAGACUUACUGAGCACCUCCAGAUGCUCUUUUGUAGCAAGCCUUUUCCCUCCACUUUCAGAAGACUUGGCAAAGUCAGCAAAAUUUUCAUCUCUUGGGUCUAGGUUCAAGCUACAACUACAACAACUGAUGGAUACCCUAAAUUCUACAGAACCUCAUUACAUCAGAUGCGUGAAGCCAAACAGCAAGCUAAGACCUUUCCUUUUUGACAAUAUGAGUGUGAUGCAGCAAUUACGUUCUGGUGGUGUUCUCGAAGCAAUCAGAAUCAAAUGCGCUGGAUACCCUACACAUAAGAUUUUUGCCGAAUUUAUAAAGCGCUUCAGUGUACUUGCACCGGACGUAUUAAAGCAAGAGUAUGAUGAUAGAGAUGCUUGUAUAAUGAUGCUCGAAAAAUUAGCUCUUCGAGAUUUCAAGAUUGGGAAGACAAAAGUUUUCUUAAGAGCUGGGCAAAUGGCUGAGCUAGAUUCAUUGCGAUUACAAGUGCAUAGUAGCGCUGCCAAGAUUAUUCAACGACAGAUGAGAACUCGCAUUGCUCGCAGACAAUACGUCUCUUUACGAAAGCGUUCGAUCCACAUACAGUCCUUUUGGAGAGGAAAAUUAGCUUGCAAAUUGUAUGAACAUAUGAAAAAGGAAAGUGCAGCUACCAAAGUACAAACUGUAUUUCGUGGAUACUCGACUAGAAAUGCAUAUAUCAAGAUGAAAGUCGUCGCAAUGACCGUGCAAGCUGCUAUACGUGCAACGGUUGCAUGUAAUGAAUUCAAGCAUAGAAAACAAACCAAAGCAGCAACUACAAUUCAGUGCAACUGGCGGCGUCAUAGAGAUCAAUCGCAUUAUAGGCAACUGAAAAAGGCAUCAAUUCUUCUACAAGGCAAAAGAAGGAAAAAAGUAACCAGAACAGAGCAUGAAAUGGGAGAUAUGCUGAUUUAUCGGAUGAGAAGAGAAACAAAUGAAGAAGAAAAUGAAAAAGAAAAGCUCGAGAAGCAAGUGGAGGAACUCACAUUAUCUUUGCAAAUGGAGAAAAUGGCUCGGACUAAAUUGGAAGAAGAAAAGGCCCAAGACAUAGAGAGAUUGCACCAUUCUUUAAAUGCAAUGAGAGCAAAAGUUGAUGAAGCAACUGCUUUAUUGUAUAAUGAACGAGAAAUUGCACAAACCAUAAUUGAAGAUGCUCGCCAACUGAUGAACCCCGUCAGAGAUUCUGUUCAGGAUGCUGAAAAAAUUCAGUCUCUCAACUCUAAAGUUGAAAAUCUUAAGGUCUUGCUGCGGAGAGAAACAGAAAGAGCUGAUGAUUUUGAAAGGUUGUAUAUGAAGGCUCAAGAAUCAAGUGAGGAACAAAAUAAGAAGUUGUUAGAAACUCAAGGAAGAGUUGAUCAAUUACAGGAAUACUUGAAUAGGAUGAUGUCAAGUGUCUCAGACCAAGUCUCAGAGCUGAAGUCCUUCUUGUGCUCAUCAAGUUCGAAUCACACUUCUAUAACUAGAGAUCAUCAAGACGAUGAUGCUAUUAAUCUUAUGGAGACUUCAUCGAGUGAUUCGGACUUCACUUUUCCAGCCCCGAUCUCGGCUUCAGAUUCCUUCCAAUACACUAAUGGACUCCAAUUGAUGGUUCAGGAUAUAUCGACUGGCGAAGAUCUGGGACUUGAAAAGUCAGAGACUGAAAAGGAGCGUGCAUUUGAUGAUUUCUUUUGACGAAAACUAAUGAGGGUUGAUGAUAAGUGUGAUAGUCAUUUUCGUUUUUUUUAAUACAUGUUGUCGAUCUUGAGUAGCUAGGUUAAGUAGAGAGAGAGUUAGAUUCUUCUGAAUUUGUGUAGAUUGUACCAUUCUAGUUCGCUGAGAAAAAGCUAGAAAAACACAUUAAUGCAUGUUUAUACGAACCUCCAUCUAUACUUAUAUCGUGGGGUUUUAUUGCAAAAUUAUAGUGCUUAUCAUAGUUUGGCAAUAUUGUAACCUUCCUAUUGGGACUACAAUAAUAAGGCGUCCAGCCAGUAAUACUUUAUAUUCAAA